AUGGCUUACUCGUAUGACAUUGAUGAAGCUCCUGUACCAAAAUUGCCAUCAAUUCAGCAUGAUGUUCAGAGGGGGAAGAUGUUUCUUAUGAAGCAUAGCAGCGAAUCUGGAGAUUGUCUAUACGAUCAUUUAUCAGAAUUGCUGGGGAAAAUUUUAUCAGAAAGGCCGAAGAAUGCAGUGGACCUAUUUGAGCGUUACAGUAAAGAAUUAAAAGAGGAGAGACUGAGAAUAAAAUCAAAUCUCCACGAUCUCUACCUUCCACCAGCCGAGUACAGCGAGGCGGAAAAGCUUAUUAAACUUUUCCAAAUAGUGAGGCAGGAGGAUGAGAAUCAUGUAAAUGAGGUGGACGAUGGGGAUGAGAGUGAGACCGAGAGAAUUCCACCCGAUUUGAUGGAUUUAUUUUAUUAUUUGGAGCAGAUUGAUGUUGGUUUUCCCAAGUCUGAAGUUGUUCUGCUGAAUUUGAGUAUUAGAAUGCUCAUGAGAGAACAUCCGAUCGUCAAUGUGAGAUUCUGGGGUAAAAUACUUGGAAAACCCCUCAAUUAUAAUGUAGUGGAGGCAGAAUUGACCCAAGAAGAGGUUUCACGUCGUCGUCUUCAAGUGAGCACUGGCAAUGAGGGUGAUGAGGAGGAGGUAAAGACUAUCAAUGAGAGAGAUGAAAGAGACGUUGAGGAUUCCGGUGCGAAUGUUAGUAGAGAGGAUUAUGGGGAUGAAAGGAGCACUUUAGAAUCCGCGUUUUCAGUGUUGGAGGGCAGUGACGAGAAGCUCUUCAUUCCGAGUGAAGUUAUUGGAACUGGAGUAAAUAAAAAAGUUUACUUCGUUUGUAACUCACCAGGAUACGAUUGCUGGGUGGAGCUACCCCCCGUUACACCGGAACAAAUUAUCAUCUCGAGAAAAAUUCUACGCCAUUUCACUGGGUGCCUAGAGACUCCCAUUCACACGUUUCCGGCAUUCCCCGGUAAUGAAAAGAAUUAUUUGAGGGCACAAAUUGCAAGAAUCACUGCAACCACUUCAGUCUCACCAAUUGGAUAUUUUACAUUUGGCAAGGGUGAAGAACAGAAUGGCGAGGAGGAGGAGGAGGAGGAGGAGGAGGAGGAUGAAAAUGGUGGAGACAUAUCAGUGAACUCUCAUUACGAUCCCCUCCCCACGAAAGAAUUGACAGAUCCAUCCCUAUCCAACUGGUGUCACCAUGUCGAUUACAUUCUCGAGCAGGGCCGAACUGUCUGGUGGAAUUCAGAGAGCGAAGAGCAGCCUGAGGAAGAAACAGAGGCGGAAGAGGAAGAAUCUGACGAAGAUGAAGACGAAGAGGGGGAAGGGGAAAACGAGGGGAAAGGGAUUAAAAAGGAAAUAGGUCCUUCCCUACUGACGCCUCUAUCCGAAGACAUUUUGAUUGACACAAUUCCACCUUGGACGGCUCGCUUGUCCUCAAAAAUCCAACAAGACACGGCCAUCGCUAUUGUGAGGUCCAACCUUUGGCCGGGAGCUGUUGGAUUUGCCAAGGACAAAAAAUUUGGGAAUUUUUACGUGGGGACUGGACAUAAAUUCGCAACUCGGAGUUACGCCCCUCCGGUGAUGCCAGCGGUGGAAGAGCAUUACAAGCUUGGCCCUGAGAUCAUGGAGAUGAUGGAGCCGAGCUUCGAGGCGGAAGAGGCUUAUCGGAUCGCCCACUUACCACCCACGAAAAUAUCUGAUGCGGAUGAACAGGAAGAGGAGGAGGAUGAUGAAGAGGGAGAGAAAGAACAAGAGGAGGAUGUGGACGAAGAUUCUUUAAAUAAUUAA